AUGUCCGCCACUACUCCCCUCUUUACCCUCCCCAUACCCAUAUCCUCCCCCCUCCAAUCCCAACCCGGCACCCUAACCUGCACCACACCCUCCCCUGCGCACCCGAACCUUUACCUCCUCACCUUCUCUUCGCCCCCAGAUAACCGUCUCACAACUACUUUCUGCCAGACUUUCAUGCACGCCCUUGAUAUACUCGAAGUCUCCUAUCCCGUCGGAGCCGUCUGUAUCACUUCCGCUAUUCCCAAAUUCUUCUCCAAUGGUUUAGAUUUGAAUCAUGCUACCGAGGUUAAAGGAUUUUGGGAAAAGAGCCUUUAUGCGCUCUGGAAGAGGCUGUUGACUUACCCCAUGCCCACCAUUUCCCUCCUCCCUGGCCAUGCAUUUGCUGGCGGCCUCAUGACCGCCAUGUACACCGACUACCGCGUUUUCAACCCAAGCCGGGGCUUUCUCUGUCUCAACGAGCUUGAAUUUGGCGCGCCCCUUAAACCCCCCAUGUCCUCGAUAUUCCGCCAAAAACUCCCUUCUCCCUCUACCUACCGCUCCCUCGUUUUAGAAGCAAAACGUUUCAACGGCGAAGCGGCGCUCCAAGGUGGGCUUGUAGAUGUAUUAGGUGGAUGGGAAGAAGUGUUAAAGCUAGUUGAUGAUUGCAAAUUAUUGGAGAAAGGAAAGACUGGUGUUUAUGGAGUGUUGAAGGCAGAGAUGUGGAGAGAGAGCUUGGGAUAUCUGGAAGGGCACGCACAGAACGAAGAGAGGGACGGAGUGAAUAUGGAUAGAGAAGUUAAGAGGAAAGAAGAGGCUACGAGUAAGGUCGCGGAGUGGGAGAAGCAAACAAAGACGUCGAAAUUAUAG